CGGGCGCCAUGAGACUCCCAGCGGCCUAUCCGACAUCUGCUGGGCGAACAUCGUCCGUCGGCUUCACAAGUUUAUCGGACUCUUCGAUGGAUCCAGGUCCGAGUCAUCAGCCACCGCUUCCCCCCCACGCCCCCUUUCACGGGAACAGCUCUCUCCCAUCACCGCCGCUGGGAUUUAGCGCCCCACAGAUGGAUUCGAACCAGUGGGCUUAUUCGCCUACUUAUUCCAACCAAGGGUGGUGCUACAUGACGGCGAGCCCUGAACCUAUGAACCAUGUCAAUCAUGAUGAUGGUGACGGGGAAUCGACACGCGUGUUUCCUUCUCAAUCGGAACGCACAACACUCAUCGAAGAAGAGUAUACCGAGAAGGAAACAACAAAAUAUGGAAGAAAGAAAAGGAACCAUACCGACACCCCUAAUACCGUCGAGCCCUGGGAGGCAGACCCAAAAGACUACGUGAUGUCUCAAGGUGCCAUGGAGGGCGAGGCCCAUGGAUAUUAUGGCGCUUAUUUCGAUAUUCCCGGCCCACUCGGGAUUCAUACCCCUUGUCCGUAUCCUCAGACUCUCGACAUCGAGGAUCCCAACAAACCCGAAUCGAACGACCGACCAGGCGAUCUUGAUGUCGCUGCAAGCCACCGAGUCGACGGGGCAGACCAGGCACAAGAAGAGGAAGGGUGGGAUGACUGUGCCAUCGAGGGUACCUUUCCAGAAUAUGUUGAGCUUGAAGAUAAUCAGGGGGACUCCACGACGCAGCCGGUUUAUCAACCGGGAACGGCCUCCUGGCUCUACCCUUUUUCUCGCCACUGAUGUGGCAACUCCGGCUUAGUUGGCCUUGGCUAGUUGGCCACCAUUCGGGCCUCAGCUGGGCUUCGAACCUUUAGUAUCAAACCGGGUUUGGCUCAUUGAGUUACUCUUACUUAUCACGGACUAGCCCUUCCCCCCUUCCCAGAGCCCCUUCAAGCCACCACGUUUCUUUUUUCCCUUUGUCGCGUAUUCGGUUGGGAAACUUGUAACAGAUUGGAAGACGACAAGUUUGUCAUUGAUGUAUGUGUUGCUGUUUUAUUCUACAUCGAGUUCAAAUGCAAGAUGCCGG